AUGAGCUUCCACCGCUUCUAUGAGACAUGGUUAAACCAGCUCCACCGUCUCUUGGACCAACACGCCGAGGCCCCGAAACGGCCCACCACCGCGGAACAAAACCACCACCUCCUCCAACUAGUCCACAAGAUCAUGAAUCACUAUGCCGAGUUCUACCGAGUGAAGUCACUCGCCGCCAAGCACGACGUCUUCUACGUCUACUCCGCCCCGUGGUCCACAUCCCUCGAGCGCUCCCUCCACUGGAUUGGCGGCUGGCGACCCACCAUCGUAUUCCAUCUCUUCUACACCGAGUCUGGCAUCCUCUUCGAUGCCCGCAUGGUUGACAUCAUUCGUGGUGUCCGCACCGGCGACCUCGGAGACCUGUCCACGGAUCAGUUCCAUCAAAUCAGCGAUUUGCAGUGCGAGACGGUCCAUGAAGAAAAUGUCAUCACCGGAGAGUUGUCUGAGUGGCAGGACGAUCCGAGUGAUCUCCUCGGAGUGGAUUUGCUUGUGGAUGCGAAAAUGGAACGGCUGGCGGCAAUUAUAGAGAAGGCGGAUGAUCUACGGCUGAGGACGGUGACGAGGGUGGUGGAGCUGUUAACGAUCCAGCAGGCGGCCGAGUUCUUGACUGCAGCGGCAGAGUUGCAGUUUGGGGUCCGUGAGUGGGGGUUGGAUCAGGACCACCACCGGCACCAUGGGGACGCCUGAAUUAUGUUAUGUUCUUUGCAUGCAGUUAGGGUUAAGGUUUGUUUUGGAACUGAUGACGGUGAUUGGAAUUGGUCAGUGUGGUCUGUUUGUGU